AUGGCGUCGUUGGGAGGUUUUCAAGCAGGCACAGCUGCAAUUCCAGCAUCUCAAGUUGAAAUCAGUGUUACCUGCAGAAAUCUAUGUGAUUGUGACACCUUUUCAAAGUCUGAUCCCAUGUGUGUUCUUUUUACAAAAGAUGUCAAAGCAAACAAAUUUUUCGAAUUUGGACGAACAGAAACUAUACAGGACAAUCUAAAUCCACAGUUUGUGAAACGUUUUGUCAUAGACUACUACUUUGAAGAAUCACAGAAACUACGGUUUGAAUUGUAUGAUAUCGACUCUACCAGUCACAACCUGAGCCAGCAUGACUUCCUGGGUUCCCUUGAGUGUACACUUGGAGAGCUGGUGGGAGCACCGGGAGGAAAGACCACAAAACCACUAACACGAAAUUUUGUAAACAGUGGAUCAAUAACAUUACGUGUGGAAGAACUUGGAGUUUCAAAAGAAGUCUGUCACCUUCAGCUGAAGGCCACGAAACUAGACAAGAUGGACUGGUUCGGCAAGUCUGACCCCACCCUCUGGUUCUACCGAGCCAACGAAGAUGGAAGCUUUACACUGGUUCACAGAACUGAAGUAAUCAAGAAUACUCUGAAUCCAACAUGGCAGCCAUUUACAAUCCCUGUGAGGUCUCUGUGUAAUGGAGACUAUGACAGAUCUAUAAAAGUUGAAUGUUAUGACUGGAAUAGUGAUGGCAGCCAUGAUCUGAUUGGAGAAUUCACGACAAACCUGCGGACUCUGUCCAAAGGCCCGGGUUCAGAAAAUCAGUAUGAGGUGAUAAACCCACAUAAAAAGCAAAAGAAGAAAGGUUAUAAACAUUCUGGGAUGGUAUUGUUGAUGAACUGCAGAAUAGAAAAACAGCAUUCAUUCCUCGACUACAUUAAGGGAGGAAUGCAGAUGAACUUUACAGUUGCGAUUGAUUUCACUGCAUCCAAUGGCAACCCACAGACCCCGACAUCUUUACACUACAUAAACCCAUACCAGCUGAACCAGUACGCUUCGGCACUAACAGCUGUGGGAGAAAUAAUACAGGAUUAUGACAGUGACAAGCUGUUUCCUGCUCUUGGCUUUGGUGCUCGUUUGAGGGAUCAAACCGUGUCCCAUGAAUUUGCUCUGAAUUUUAACAUUUCGAACCCUUACUGUCAAGGCAUCCAAGGUGUCUUGCAGGCCUACUACAGUUGUCUUCAGAAUGUCCAGUUGUAUGGACCAACUAAUUUCGCUCCGGUCAUUAACCAUGUUGCAAGGUUUGCUGCAGCAGUUCGAGACGGCUCACAGUAUUUUGUUCUCCUCAUCAUCACUGACGGCAUCAUCACAGACAUGCCGCAGACCGUGCAGGCUGUAGUUAAUGCUUCUACCUUGCCACUGUCUAUCAUCAUUGUGGGUGUAGGUGAUGCUGAUUUUGAAGCUAUGAACAUGCUUGAUGGAGAUGAUGUCAGGCUAUCAUAUAAUGGGAAAUACGCUGAACGUGAUAUAGUGCAGUUUGUUCCGUUCCGUGAUUUCCUGAACAGCAGCAACCAGCAGAUUAGCCAGGCUCACCUGGCCAAGGAGGUUCUGGCCGAAAUCCCCGACCAGGUGCUGUCCUACAUGAAGAAGUUCAACAUCAAACCCAGGCCGCCACUCAUACCACAAGACAGCACGGUCAGUGCAGCCAGCGUAGCAGCACCGUCACAAACUCAACAAGCAGCACCUCCAUAUUCACAGCAAGGAGCACCUCCAUAUCCUCAACAAGGAGCACCUCCAUAUCCUCAACAAGGAGCACCUCCAUAUUCACAGCAAGCAGCACCUCCUUAUCCUCAACAAGGAGGGCCUCCUCCACCUUACCCUGGACGUUAAGACUUGUGGGAUCACGUUAAGUCUUGUGGGGAUCAGUUUAAAUCUUGUGAGGAUCAGUUUAAGUCUUGUGGGGAUCAGUUUAAGUCUUGUGGAGAUCAGGUUAAGUCUUGUGAGGAUCAGUUUAAGUCUUGUUGGGAUACGGUUAAGUCUUGUUGGGAUCAGUUUAAGUCUUGUGGGGAUCAGGUUAAGUCUUGUGGGGAUCAGGUUAAGUCUUGUUGGGAUCAUGUUAAGACUUGUGGGGAUCAGUUUAAGUCUUGUUGGGAUCAGGUUAAGUCUUGUGGGGAUCAAGAACACCAUGGAGUAUCAUGGUCUUCCUUGGAGCAAGGUCCAUUGCUCCAGUACCUGUCAAUUUUGUCCACAGAGAUACAGACUGGAUCAAAGUUGCUAUGUAUGUUCGUGGAUGUGUAGGACAAGGUCCAGAUAUUCCUUGUUAAUUUUGUUUUCUUUCCUUUUUUCCUCUCUGAAAUCCAUAUCAUUUCUUCCCAGUCUAGCAAGUCUUUUAUCUUGCAGCUGGUUUGCUGUUCCCCCACAAACCAGUCCUUGUCUCUCCAACUACAGCAGGUGCUUGUGUCUUGUAGUGAUAUGUGGCAUACAUUCACUAUUUCCGAUUAGAUUUUGCUGUGAGCUUAGUAUGACCACAUCAAAGUGUGUUCAGAUGUUACUUCUGGUAUUGUUAAGAGGUACCGGUAACCACUUACUCUACUAAGCCUUGUACAUCAUUUUAGUCCCAUGGGCAUGUAUGUCACCAAGAACAUGUAUACAUCACCAAGAACAUGAAUAGAUCACCAAGAACAUGAACACAUCACCAAGAACAUGAAUACAUCACCAAGAAUGUGAAUAGAUCACCAAGAACAUUAAUACAUCACCAAGAACAUGAAUACAUCACCAAGAACGUGAAUAGAUCACCAAGAACGUGAAUACAUCACCAAGAAUGUGAAUACAUCAUCAGGAACGUGAAUGCAUCAUCAGGAACAUCAUGGGUAAUCAUAGUCUCCUUAGGGACAUGAUGAAUUUCUGCUUUGUCCAUCAUUUUAAUGCUGUUAUCAUUAAAGGUACUUACAUGUAAUGAAUAACUAGUCUACCCAGGGACCAUAAAUAUCUAACCAUGCCUAGUCCAUCUCUGUAUGUUCAUCAUCGUUGUGUAUACCAAGAACACUUAUUAAUAAUCAUGGUCAACAUGGGGUGGCAGUCACUCGGUUUAGAUCUUUGUUGAUCAGUUUAGUUCAAGAUUAUAUUACAGAACAGAACAGAACAGAAUUUAUUUACACUCUGGCCGUUCAGCAACAGCAUAGGAGGGCUACAUAAUAUAAAGGAACAUAUAUAUAUAUAUAUAUAUACAUGAAG